AUGGUGUCAAUGGAAGUACCAGGAGUUGUGAUGAUAAGGGAAAAUGCAACCCUGCAACUGGAAUUCAUUCCUUUGCCUUUUGGUUUAUCGUCUUAUGUCGCAUGUGAAGCUUCUUUCAUCAGUCUUGCAGCUCCAUUUAUAGAUGAUAAUGCUCCUCACAAACAGAAAGCUGUGUGGCUUGGUGUGUUUUACAUGUGCAUACCAAGUGGUGUUGCUUUGGGCUAUGUCUAUGGCGGAUACGUUGGAAAGCAUUUUAGUUGGCGCUAUGCGUUUUGGGGAGAAGCUGUAUUAGUGGCUCCAUUUGUUGUUCUUGGUUUCUUGAUGAAACCUUUACAGUUAAAAGGGUUUCCUUCUACUGAUUCUAUAAAGAUGGCUUCAUCAGUUGAGACAUCUAAAAACAAAAAUCAUCUUCAAGCUGGUGGUAAUGAGAUUGAGGUCUCCAUUGAAACUUACAAGUCAAGUUACAAGAACGCAGUUUCGAAAUCGUUUACUCAAUUUGGGAAAGAUACGAAAGUUCUAUGUAAAGAAAAAGUCUUUGUUGUUAAUUUCUUAGGUUAUGUAUCAUACAACUUUGUUAUUGGAGCAUACUCGUAUUGGGGACCAAAGGCUGGUUAUAACAUUUACAAAAUGAAAAACGCUGAUAUGAUCUUUGGGGCACUAACUAUCAUUUGUGGGAUCAUUGGGACAUUAUCAGGAGGGUUUAUACUUGAUCGUUUCACUGCAACAAUUCCAAAUGCUUUCAAGCUUUUAUCCGGAGCAACGUUUCUUGGAGCGAUCUUUUGCUUCACUGCAUUUACCUUAAAGAGUUUAUACGGUUUCAUCGCUCUCUUUGCCUUAGGAGAGCUUCUUGUGUUUGCUACACAGGCUCCUGUGAAUUAUGUGUGUUUGCAUUGUGUGGAACCAAGUUUGAGACCAUUAUCAAUGGCGAUCUCUACCGUUGCGAUUCACAUAUUUGGCGAUGUUCCUUCUUCUCCUCUUGUCGGUAUCGUUCAGGAUCAUAUAAACAGUUGGAGAAAAACAGCAUUGAUUCUUACAUUGGUUCUGUUCUUAGCUGCUGCAAUAUGGUUUAUAGGGAUAUUUAUAAACAGUGUAGAUCGGUUUAAUGGAGAAGAAAGUGAAAGUGAGAAGCAGAGGAGGCAAGAACAAUCGAUUGUAACUCCAUAAAUGAAUAAAUACUAUAUAGCAAAAGUAGAGAAAUCUGUGUGUAUUUGUACAGUUACAAAACACAAUGAGCCAAAUCUCACACAAAAGCUUCAAAUUUGCAUGGAAAAACUUGAGUUACACGUUUCAGGCUGUAUAAUUCUUUUUUAUUGGUUGUAUAGAAUGUGAUCAUUGUGCUUCUUCUCAGUUCUUUAUCUUUUUUUCCUAUAAAAUCUUCUCGAUAUCAUUUUCUUCUGGAUUUAUGUUCUUGUUUUUGUCGUCUUCUUUCACUUGAUUAUUCUCUAAAAAAAGAUCUUCUGCUUUCUCAUGAAUUCUCAUGUACCGCUUUC